CAAUAGAAGUUGGGUUUUCUUCUGACCUUCUGUUGGCAGAAUACCUGCCCAGGAGAUGGGAGCACUAACGUACGCCUAAUGCAGACUAAAUCCAAUUGGUGUAUCUUCAUCUGCAGGGAAUCCAAUUACUGGACUCGGUAAUUCGCUGCCAUUGAAACGGGUUUAUUGGUGGCUGCCCUGUGUCUGUGCCUGCAGGUGGUGUCCAUUCGGUGUCGGUGUCGUGCAUAGGGUGGGCAUCCCCCAGCACGUGACCCCAGAGGAGGGGGAGCAGCGCUUUAUCCUGGAUGUGUGAGAAACAGGAAUCUCUCUGGAUCUCUGGCUGUGCUGCAUCUCCUCGCAGCCAGCAGUGAGAGCCUGAGCCCGGCGUUGUGAUGCUCCAUGCUGCUGCCUGCAGCUGAUGCUGUGUGUUCAGCGGUGGGAUGGGGAAACUGCAGAGUAAGAUCAGCUUGCACACGGCCACGUAUGGGGCUGAUGGCUCCACGGGAAGGCCAGGACGUGGUGCGGUGGUGGAGCUGAACAGCCCUGCACACAGUGAUGCUGUCACCUGCGUGGCUGCUGUCAGACCAGAGCUCUGCGUGUCGGGAGGAAAGGAUAAGAGUGUGGCUGUCUGUAAUUGGAGGUCCGGAGCUGUGCUGGGGCGCUUCAUCAGCCAUGAGCACGAGGUCACCAAGGUCACCUGCACCCAUGAUUCCAACAGAGUCUUCAGUGCAUCCCGGGACAGAACAGUAAUGAUGUGGGAGCUCCACGGGACAUCGGGGCCAAGGCAGUUCUUCCCAGGCCAUGAGCUGGUUGUUACUGGGCUGGCUGUGAGCCCGGAUGCGUCGCGGCUGUGCACAGGUUCACGAGACAACACCAUUCGCAAAUGGGAUGUGGAGACCGGAGAGUGUCUGUGCAGAGCUGCUCUCUCCAGGAACCUGGUAACACAUCUGUGCUGGGUCCCUGGGGAGCCCUACGUCAUCCAGACAUCAGAGGAUAAAACCAUCAGGAUGUGGGACAGCCGGGAGCUGCAGGUGGCACACACGUUCCCAGGCAAGCAGCACAUCCAGACAAGUUGUGAUGUGAGCCAGGACGGGCGAUACUGUGUCAGCAGCAGCAGCGGAUUUUCUGGGGAGGGCUGCGAAGCAACACUGUGGGACCUACGGCAGACCAGGAGCAGAGUGUGUGAGUACAGAGGGCAUCUGCAGACCACAGCCUCAUGUGUGUUCCUUCCACGGGGUCCUGCUCUCACCCCCAGCAUUGCCACAUCCUCAUACGACAGCAAAGUGAAGAUCUGGGACCGGGACACUGCAGCCUGCCUUGCCACUGCAUGCCUCGAGGGAGCUGGACCGCUGGUCUCACUGGCUGCCUGCGAUAGCUCCACGCUGCUCUGUGCCAGCUUUCGCUCAGGGAUCCACGUGCUGCAGCUGAGGCACCGUGAGGAGCUGGAGCUGGAGAAGGUGGCAGCAUUUUGACCACAGAUCCUUCCCAGCAGAGAUUGUCCGUGGGGAUCUGAUCCUCCAAUUCUUCCACUGACAGCAGGCACCACUCUCGUGCCUGCAGAGCAGUGACAGCGGAGCCACGGUGCACAAGGGAUGUAUUGCCUGUUGUUUGCUUGUGGGCUAUGGGAAGCCAUUAGAGCUGGCUAGAAGAAGAGCUGAAUCAGUGAUGCUUUCAGGCCAAAUUCUCACUGCUGAUAAGAGCAUUGUGGGCUUUAGUCACAAAAUCUCCACACAACCUGGCUGUAAAGGGAGCCAACGGAGGAGAAAUGAGCUAUGACAAAGCACGUGCCUUCUCUGUGCUGUUUCUCAGGUCUGAGUGUCUGAUCAGAGCGCUCCUCCUGCACCAAGAAAACAGCUUUUACUGUGAAAAGAAGGAACAACCAAGCUGUGACUUCACUGCUGUGAGAGGAAA